GUCUUUUCCAGUAUAUAUUUUCGAAUCAAUUUAUUGACUCUGGUAUUUGCCAGAUUAUAUUCUGAGUGGCUGGAGGUCCAACGACGAUGACAUUCAUGUUCUUCGAGUCGUGGUACGAGAGGAUGUGGUUCCUGAAUUACCAGUGUUAUUCAGUAUCUUGCUGGAGGGGAUGACACAUCUCGAAGGGAAAGGGUGGGAAUGAGCGGGUUCAAUCGGCUUCCACAUGACUUGACUUUGUCCUGCCUUGUUGCCAUGUCAGGCUUACAGGCACCCAACUAGAUCUCUUUCUGUGCUUCGGAGACGGCUCUCCGUUACUCCCGUCCAAACUUCAUUUGGCGUACUCUCGUUCGUUUCUCUUUUGGCAGCCCCUUUAGAAAGAGCUCUCGUAAUGACGUUCCAUUUGGAUCUCGGAGCAGAAACCUUUUCUUCAUCAAGCUUCGACUUGGACCUUGCUCUUCACGCCUCGGCUGUAUUUUCCACGCCACCAGGAACUUGGAGCCCAUGGAAUACAGAAGAGACUUUCAGAAAAGGGAUUAUCACAGGCAGCAUAUGGGUCGAUCAGGGCGCCUGUUUCCAAUUGCAUCUAUACCUCAGCUUCGAUUUGGAUUCAGACUUAUUGUGUAGCUCAUAUCCCAAGUUCAUUUCUCGGUUAGGUGAUGUUCUGAGGAAGUCGAAGUUCUGGUCCGAACUCGGCCUCAAAGUUUCAUUCAAUGGUUCCAGCAACAGUCUAUAUGAGCAACACCCCCCUCUACCAUCCCACCUAUCAUUCAACAUCCGCAAAACCACCGGAAAGUCUACAGCAUUAAAGACGCCGAGAAUCCCCACCGCACUGCAGAGUCCCUGCGAUGCGCCCCGUGUCGAUUUGACUCCUACUGUUUUCCUAUCAUCAAUCACCGUCAGACUUGAGUAUACCCGUUCUCGCCAACUCCUUCCGUCGUGCUCGUUCACCGAAACGGCGCCGAUCCCUAUACCGUAUAACACCUUCUACAACAGUCCAGCGGUCCCGAUUCCUCACCGUACUUCAACCGUCCUCCCAUUCGCUCCGCCUCAAAUACUCACAGACAAGUUCCAGUAUAUCGAAAAGGAAUGUGAAGUCUUCCACUGCCUGCUCACAGAAACCGAACUCCCACCUGAACCUGAAUCCAACCCGCCGAGCUGCUCACGCGAGCUAAAUACACUACUCAACACAGCGCUAGUUACUUUGAUCGCUGGAGCACGAACCCCCACCCGCAAAGGCCAUUCAAGUGAGCAAAGGACCCAAGAACAACACCUGAUACCUCUCUCCCGGAUUGCGCCCUCGAUUUUCAGUCCUGGAUACCGCGACUCCAUGAACCAACGAGCCCAGUUUAUCCCCUCCAUCGCCAAAUCCAUCACAUCGAUCAUAAAACAUAGUCGGGAUCCGAGUCUCCAGAGCAACGCCAUUAGAUUUCAAUGUUCUGACCAAUCCGAGCCCGAGGCAGAGGCAGAAAUAAAUAACACACAUGGCCAUGAUACUGCCACGAUGGGCCUCAAGAGCAAGCUAAAGACCUCGCUUUGGCGCGUUGCCGCCAAUCGAGUUCUUACGGCGCAGGGGUCCCGAAAGCAGAAGCACAGUUCCCUUAUCUUGGGCCCCGAGGCGGAGGCGGAGAGCGAAGACGAGCAGUGCUUUGAAGAUGAGAUUUUGUUCGCUGCGACACCGACAGACGGGGUUGAUUCCUAUCUGGAAAAUGAAAUUAGUGGGGAUGGGGAAGACUCUGAUCGGUACUUAGGGACUGAGGAGGGGGGUUCCGUCUGUGGUGAAAGUGACGCCGAAUCCUUUGAGACGAUUGAUGACGGGUUCAGGGAUACUUCGGGGAGUCGACGUGUCAUGGUCCGCAACACAUUUGGGAAGGGCAGGCAGAUGAUCGGAAACCUCCAGAAAGCCCUCUUCUGCUUUCAGAUGAUCCAAUAA